CCGGGCGCCUGUCGAAUGAUCAGGACUGCUUGUGCGGUUGCGACCCCACUAGCCACAGCUCGACCUCACGUCCUCUCGCUGCCCACACAAUCUAGCUUCUUCUUUCUCUUUGCUUCCUCUCUCUUCUUGCCGCCGUUACUAAAAAGCACACCGCCGCCACCCGCCGCCUGCUCUCUCACCUACACCCCCGCGCCUCAGACUCCGACAACCGUCACUUUCACACGCACUUGUCAACCACAUACCCAUACCUGCGCGGCUAUAGCUCCGGCCCUCCUCACCUCGGAAAACAAGCCCUCAAAACCUGUACCGACAUACACCAUGUCUGACAACGGAUCGCCCCAACAACAGAGGACCGAGGAUGGCCCCUCUGAGCACCUCAAUAUCAAGGUCACGGACAACAACAACGAAGUCUUCUUCAAGAUUAAGCGCACCACCAAGCUCGAGAAGUUGAUGAACGCCUUCUGCGAUCGCCAAGGCAAGAGUAUCUCCAGCGUCCGCUUCCUAUUCGACGGCCAGCGCGUGCAGCCAACGGACAACCCCGAAACACUUGACAUGGCGGACGGCGACACGUUGGAGGUGCACCAAGAGCAGAUCGGAGGCUGCUAGUCCGACCACCAAAUGGGAAUACUGAGUGGGGGUUCUGGGCAGCUCGUGAAAGAAAGCGGGAAUCCACACGGCCUGUAGCCUUUCUUCAAUUCCGAUUUCCUUAAU